AUGCCGAGGCCCUGCUCAAACUGCGUCCGCUUCCACUACGGCGAAUGCAAUAACACUAUUAAGCAAUGCUUCGAGUGUGAUGGCUUCGGCCAUAUCGACCGCUACUGUCCCAACCGUAAGAAUAACAUAUACUGCUUCAAGGGCGAACCAUUGGCAGGCACUCGUCGAUGGUGCGAGAGGCAUGGUCUGAACGACGAUCCAGAGCUGAAGAGGAGGAUUCUGAACGCGUUGAAGACGAACCCGGGAAGUGUGAUCUUUGUCAAUGAUCGGUGCAUUUACAGGGGAUGCGAGAAGCACUUUGAGGCUGGGGAGUUUAUGACAAGAGGGAGGCAGUUGAAAGAAAGGAUGAGGAGGGAUCGGGCAAGGACCAGGUCAUCUCAGAGCCCGGAUGGUAGAUUUGGACAUCAAAAUUAUCGCCCUCGGAAUCAUGACCUCUUAGACCCUCCCCCCUCACGACAAGAGCAGCUAUACCGCUCCCGCAGUCCACUCUGUCACAACCGUCGUACUCCCUCUCCGUACCGCCUCCCAGACCACCCUCCAGGUCGAGAACGCGACUUCGGGCCCCGCUCACCUCGGAAUAUCCCGUUCAGCAACGCCGUACCAUACAAUGGUAGGGGUAGAGAGACCAACAAUGAGAAUAGAGCUCCUCCAUGUCGUGGGCUGCCUGCAAUAAAGUUUAGCAUGCCACCUGCACGACCAGACUUGAGAAGACAGCCCCCUCUUGCUUUUGAGGCUUCUGCCGCUCGGCCCGAUGACAACGAUGUGUCUGGUGUAUUGCAAGCAAGAGAUAUCAAUGCUCGACCUCAACCCCAGACUAAUAAGGAGAGCCAGUCGCAAAUUCAUUCUCAAGCUGAAGGCUUCCGAGCAUACAAAGAGUCGCACUCUCGAGCUCAGUUGACACCGUCGCUUUCGCCACAGUCGGCAGAUGAUGUGAGAGUCGCCGAUCCGCAUUUUGUUUUGGGGGUCACCAGAGGUGCUGGCAAAGAUGAGUAG